CCUCAGCCAUAUGGAAUAUUAUUGUUUGACUGCAAUGACGUCAUUCCGAUAACUAACACCAGCAAGUUAACCAAUCGAAAAAGAACGCUGUCACCGACAUUCAUAAAAGAAGAAAACAAAGGAACUAACCCAUGGCUUGUAGUUUGUUAGAUUUAUUUAUUUUUAUGUUAAGUAAAUUCUUGUUAUAAAAUAACUUUGUGCAGCUAAACGGAUGGUUAGGAAAUAGGCCGUUUCCUAAUCAACAUCCGAUUUCCAUAUCACCCAACUUGUACAAUGAUUUUCUUCAAACCCGCCUGGCUCAAUCAUGAAGACAACAAGCCAAUUUUCUCUGUGGAUGUUCACCCGAAAGGAAAUCGGUUCGCUACUGGGGGACAAGGCGGCUCAGGAGGCAGGAUUGUAAUUUGGAAUGUGAAUCCUGUGAUAAAUGAGGCUGCUGAGUCCGAUCCCAAAAUUGCCAAAAUGCUGUGUCAGAUGGACAAUCAUUUAGCGUGUGUCAAUGUGGUAAGAUGGAGCAAUAAUGGUCACUUUCUGGCCUCUGGAAGCGAUGACAAGCUAGUGAUGAUCUGGAGACUAACCAGUGAAGGAAGUUCAUCAAUUUUUGGUAGCAGCAAAGUGAACGUUGAAACCUGGAAGUGCAUUCACACUCUGAAUUCUCAUAAUGGAGAUGUAUUGGAUUUAGCUUGGGCUCCGCAUGACGGCUGGUUGGCAUCAGGCAGCGUUGAUAACAGCGUAAUAGUAUGGAACGCUCACAAGUUUCCAGAAAAAAUUGCCGUUCUGAAAAACCACACGGGAAUGGUGAAAGGCGUGACAUGGGACCCAGUAGGCAAAUACUUAGCUAGUCAAUCAGAUGAUAAGUCGCUUCGCAUAUGGAGAACUUCAGAUUGGAAUCAGCAGGAAGUGGUUACUGAUCCCUUCCAAGACUGCUCAGCAACGACGCAUGUUCUACGGUGUUCCUGGUCGCCAGACGGGCAAUAUCUUGUAUCGGCCCAUGCAAUGAAUGGAGGAGGCCCAACCGCUCAAAUCAUUGAACGAGAAGGUUGGAAACAAGAUAAGGACUUUGUAGGACAUCGCAAAGCAGUCACUUGUGUGCGAUUCAACUCAAACAUUUUAAAGAAACCAUCCCAGGAUAGUCCUAAAAAGUCCACCCAGUAUUGUUGUUGUGCAAUUGGGUCUAGAGAUCGUUCCAUAAGUGUUUGGUUGACAUCAUUAAAAAGACCACUAGUGGUCAUCAAAGACUUUUUUGAUGAUAGUGUUCUAGACAUCUCAUGGAGCAGUCGAGGGGACUUUCUGUUGGCUUGCUCAUGGGAUGGGACUGUAGGCUGUGUGGUGUUUGAACAGGCUGAAAUUGGAGUACCACUCAGUAUGGAGGAGAAGAAUGCUUUGUAUGAACGGGUCUAUCACAAGUCUUUACAAAGCAGUUGGAGCUUGAAUUUCAGUAGUUCACAGAUAGUGGAGGAUCCAGAACUGUUAUCGGCCAUCGAAGAGAUGAACAAAAAGACUGAAGCUAUUACUGUUGAUCCACCUGAAAUUAAAGAGCCACCCAAGGCCCAAGAUGUCUGUUAUGAAAGCCCGAAUUUAAACCAAAGUAUUUUGGUUCCGGUUAAUAAACAGGUUGAAACCAGGCUAUCGUCUGGUAAGCGCCGAAUUACGCCUAUGCUACUGACAACGGUCCCCAAUUCGCCCAAUUCAAACGCUACUCCGGCAGUGAACUCCGGUUCAGCCCAAUAUUUUUCCGUUUCGGACACAUUUAGCAUAUCGUCUCCAACGAAGAGUCAAAUCGUUGUCGAAAAACGAACGGAAAUUCAAGCACGACCAAUUGUUGCCAAUGACUCAAAGCCUGUGAUGUACAAUGUUCAAGGAUCCGAUACUGUGAUUUGUAAGCCUCCGGGAACUGAAAUUAAUCAACUGAUGUGCGUGGAUAUUCCUGGCGAUGAAACUAUUACUAAAUUAAUCAAUAUCAUAGACCCUGUUAAGCUGAGCGCUGCACCUACAGUGACUAAAGAAGCGGGCACAUUAAAAAUUCAGGUAAGCAAUAACUGCCAUAAAAUAUCAAACAGUGCCUCGCUGUCCAAGAUCGAAGUAUGCAAAGCAAUAGAGAAGAAAGACCAUCUCUGGGAAACAUUCCUAGGUUCAACGAUCCGGACAAUAGCCUCAAACCGCAAAUUUGUGAUAGCCUGUUGUGAAGACUUUACCAUAAAUAUAUACGAUAUUAAAACUGGUGCUCGAUCUCUCCCGCCACUCCUCAUAGAAGAUGUCGUAAGUUGCAUGAGCCUUUCACAAGCUGGAUAUCUGUUAGUUCUUACCAAAACCGGACUGAUGUAUUUAUGGGAUUUGGCAAAAGGCAGCAGCAUCCUGAGCCGGGUUUCUAUUCGAAGCCUUCUAUUUGGACGAGGCACCGUGAACGGAUGUUCACUUACCACCUCAAAUCAGCCUAUUCUGACGUUAAACGACGGAAGGGCGUAUUCGUAUAGUCCAAAUUUACAAACUUGGGUUCAGCUGUCGAAUCCUCUGGAUCCGGUCAGUAGGUCGGCAGUCUCUAUGGUGAAAAGGAUAUCUGGGAACUUACCUCUAGCUUCCCUUCAGCGAAUAAUGCCCCCUUUUCGCCCUACGGACUCCACACUCCCCUCUGGCGUUACGCUCAGCUUUUUGGAGAAUCAAAUCACUGCCACCAACGUUUUACAAAGCGUUACCGAGUAUAAGCACUGGUUAUUAGUGCAAGUCAAUCAUCUUUUGGAUAAGGGUCCUGAAUGCAGGCUGAAACUUAUUUUGGAUGAUCUAUUGGGUCCGACACAUGGAAGUAGUAAAAAGCGAAGGUUGGACUCCGACAUUAUGGGUCUAUCUAGACGAAAACUGCUUGAAGAGAUUUUAAGUAUAAUUAAAACAAAGCUUCCCUGGCAAAGACUGUAUAAAGAGUAUAACGAGCAAUUGCAAUGUGCGAACGAAGAGUCUUAGUUUUUUCAAGGCUGGCCAUCAACUUUAUUGUUUACAGUAAAAAUCUAUCCGAUAAAACAAGCAAACGUAUAUGAAACCAACCUGCAAUUCUGCGAUAUCCAAUCCCCAAUUUCGAGCCUCAUCCAGAUAAUAGCUGAUCUGAUUGAUUCCGAAUUCGGCUAAAGAGGCAGAAUAAAGAGGAUACUGCGGAAUGGGAACCAUAACUCCGGGUGUUUUGCAACCGACGUCGCAUAUGAGCAGUUUUAAGACAUUUUUAAUUGCAUCACUAGCGCCUAGAAAUUCCAGAGAUUCUGCCGUUGGCAGGCUGAAAGACUAGAAAAACUAAGCCUUACCGGCACUAAUGAUAACAUUUUGCCAAUCUGACGGAAUUCCAUCUCUUCGUGCGAUGUACUCAGCGCAAUGUUUUCGAAUAACUUCGAUUCCAGGCGAGUCCGUGUAUGAUCCUACGGAACCACCCCUGCAACCUUUUAAGAUCGUUCGAGCUCUUUCCUUGGCAUCUGCGGGAAAUCUAUUAACAAAGUUCCAGUAAGUGUUUGAAACAGAAAAACGUCUUUUUAAAGAACAUUUUACCUGGGAUCUUCUAAGAGUUGUGGCAUAGUGACCAGAGCCAAAACUUCACGGAUGAACGUGAUUGGGACUUGGCCCAUAGCAUGACAAUCUCCGAUGUUGGCUUUGAUGACCUCUUUGAAUGGCUUGCUCACGCCCUAAAUAUCCAGAAAAUAUCAUAAGUAAAACAAGUUAUUUUAUUACUAGUCCUGAUACAGUGAAGCUGUCGCAC